AUCGUCGGCAGCAGCAUUAAAGCUUGAGUUGAGAGACUUGCAAAUUGCUUAUAAAUCAUGUUUCGCAACCAAUACGAUGGCGACGUCUCUGUGUGGAGUCCUCAGGGGCGUUUGCAUCAAGUGGAGUACGCCAUGGAGGCCGUCAAACAGGGCACUGCCACAGUGGGUCUCAAGGGUCGCGAUGCUGUUGUUCUUGUGGCCCUGGGCAAGUCGUCGGAGUUGUCUGUGGCUAUGCGCAAGAUCAUUCCCAUUGAUGAGCAUUUGGGCAUUGCCAUUGCCGGCAUCACGGCCGACGCACGUGUGAUGAGCCGCUUUUUGCACUCCUCGUGUCUGGGCUAUCGCUAUAACUACAACAGCGUCUAUCCCGUGGAGCGCUUGAUGACGAAUCUGGGCAACAAAAUGCAGUGCACCACCCAACGCUACGAUCGUCGUCCAUAUGGCGUGGGUCUACUCGUUGCUGGGUACGACCAGAAGGGGCCCAAUCUCUAUCAGGUCAUGCCCUCGGCCGUCAACUACAACUGCAAGGCUCAAUCCAUAGGCUCGCGCUCGCAGGGCGCUCGCACAUAUUUGGAGCGCAAUCUGGAGAGUUUUUUGGAGUGUUCUAACGAUGAGCUAAUUUGUCAUGGCAUACUGGCCAUAAAAAACAGCCAACCCAUAGACAAGGCUUCGGGUGAACAGGAGAAGGCAGCGGCUGCAUCAAACAUCACUGUGGCCAUUGUUGGCAAGGAUCAGCCAUUUAAAAUGCUCAGCGAGGAGCAAGUUGAGCAUUACAUCAAAAUGGCAAAUGAUAUGGGUGCAGCUGGUCAGCCACAGCCACCCAUCAAUCCGGAUGACGGUGAUGAGUCUGUAGGGGUUGCUGACCCGCAAGUAGAUGUUGCCCUAAUGGAACAAUUGAACUUAGAGCAGAGAACAAUUUAAGCUUUCAAAUAAUCGCUACUCAAUUGUUCAAUAAUUAAAUAUAUGAAAAAGGGUAGAGGAAAUCAGCUCUUAAGAGAUUUACAUUCAA